AUGCGUGUCGUCCAUACAUUUCCUCCACUUGCCACGGGAAGGAGGGGAGUGCGCGUGCGAGCGGAUGGGGGGACCGCGACGACGGAGACGAAUGACGUGACGACAAGUGGCAGCGGCGGAUGGGCGGAGCGGCGGGAGGAGGAGAUUGCUGCGCUCGUGGACGAGGUAAAGAGCAUUCUUGCUCGCGACCAUGCGUCUCUCCCCGUGGGCGAGUAUGGGAGGGACGAUGAAGCCAUGCUGAGGUGGUUCCUCAAGGACAGGAAAUACAAAGUCGAACCCACGGUGGAGAAACUCGUCAAAGCCAUUAAAUGGCGCCACGAGUUUGGAGUGGCGGGGCUGACAGCUGCUGACGUGGCAGAGGAGGGCGCAACGGGGAAGGCUUUCCUCCACGAGCACGCUGACGUGGACGGGCGGCCCGUGAUCGUUGUUGUGGCAGCAAAGCACUUCCCAGACAGAGGGCCAUUGAGCAACCACCUCUUAUACCCACUUGGACCACGUUUGACUGUCAUUACCCCUUCCCUGCCCACCAGUCAUCCCGUCUCGUUAUUCUACAGCCAGCAGCUGUGCGCCUAUUUGAUUGAAAGGGCCAUCGAGCAACUGCCGGAGGGGGAGGAGCAAUUCCGCGGGAUAUUCGAUUUGAGAGGCUUCACCGCUAAGAACACUGACCUGGCGUUUGUUAAGUUUAUGAUUGACGUUUUCUUCAACUACUAUCCCAAGAGAUUGCACCAGGUGCUCUUUGUGGAUGCGCCCUUCAUUUUCCAGCCUGGAUGGAAGGUCAUGAAGCCACUGCUCAAGUCGUAUGCCAACCUGGUUGUCUUCUGCAAAGCUGAGGAGGUCAGAGACAAGUAUUUUCUGCCAGGCCAAGCACCUGAUUCGUAUGUUUGA